GCUAGCUUUGCGCGGUGCGGCGCGGUGCGGCGCGGCGCUGCUCUCCCCAAAAUCCCUUCCCGGACGUGCUGAGCAGGCUUCCCGGCCACCGGCAAACAGAUGAUCAUGAUUGAGCAAGUCUGGGGUCUUUGGUUCAUCUCUGUUGCUGGAGCUGUGAGUUUUUCUGCACAACAGAUCAAUCCAUCAUGUGAUGCUGCUCGUUUUUGCAACUAUUCUUCAAGGGCUUUACAUGCAAUUCCAUCUGGUCUCACAGGUUAUGUAAUGGGGCUGGAUCUGGCCUCCAACAGAAUCGAACAAGUCCGAGAAGUGGAUCUGAAAUUUGCAGUCAAUCUCAGGACUCUUUUGCUCCAGUCUAAUCUAAUUUGGAAAAUUGAUGAGAAUGCCUUUUACUUCCUUAAAAAGCUGGAACAUUUAGAUUUGUCUCAAAACAAUCUGACUCGCUUGUCUCCUUCUUGGUUCAGACACCUUUCUUCUUUGCAAAAGUUAAACAUAAAAGGUAACUACUACUUUGAACUUGGGGAAACUCCAUUGUUUUCCAACCUACAAAAUCUGAGUUAUCUGUACUUGGGAAAUGAUAUUAACUUCUAUGCUUUACGGAGACAAGACCUGCAAGGAAUUUCAGUUCUUGAAGAACUGGAGAUUAAAGGACAAAAACUUCAACUAUAUGAACCAAGGACACUAGAAUCGAUGAAGCUGAUAAAUCACAUUUUUAUGAAUUUUUUUUCUGCUAACAUUUCAUCUCAAAUUAUAACUGACAUUCACACAUCUGUUGUGUGUCUUGAACUGAGAGAUAUAGUAUGGAUGAACAGUCCACCCUUCCCGUUCUUUCAUAUUGACGUCCCUAUAGCUGCAAGGAAAAUUGUGCUCCAAAAUGUUCAAGUUUCAGAUGACUCUUUUGUGCAGUUUAUACCCAUUCUUGACCUGAUGUAUCAAUUGCAUGAAUUUGAGAUAACAGAUUGCAAAUUACAUGGUACUGGGGUUUUUCAUGGUAUUGAAAAGGUUGCAACUACCAUACAAGUAAUAACAAUAAGAAAUUUAACAAUAGACAUAUUUUAUGCAUUUUCAGAUCUUUUUACUGUGAUUCCUAUUGUAAAGAAUAUUACCAGAGUUACAGUUGAAAAUUCAAAAGUUUACUUGGUGACCUGUGAACUUGCACGAGCAUUCCAUUCACUACUGUAUCUUGAUCUCAGUAUGAAUUUGCUUCUAGAACCAUAUUUGAACUUUUCACUGUGUCAGGGUGGCUGGCCGAAACUGCAAACUUUAAAUGUUAGCCAGAAUUCUUUGAAACGGAUUGACUUAGUAGCAGAAAGUUCAUCUCGCAUGGUAGAUCUUUUUAGCUUGGAUAUAAGUCAAAACAGCUUUGAGAGAAUGCCAGAUUCAUGUGUAUGGCCGAAAAAUUUGAAAUAUCUUAACAUCUCUGGCUCUAAAGUAAGCAAGCUCACAAAGUGCAUCCCUCAAAGUCUUGAAGUGCUGGAUGUUAGUAAUAACAACAUCCAAGAGUUUAUAUUGAUCAUGCCCAAUCUGCAAGAACUUUAUAUCAGAAACAAUAAAUUGAAAGUCUUACCCGAUGCUGUCUUCAUCCCUAGUGCUAGAAUACUGAAUAUUAGAGGAAACAAAGUAUUUUUAUUUUCUGAGGAGCAGCUUCAAAAAUUUGCCCGACUGGAGAGACUGGAUGCACGUUACAACACUUUCCUAUGCUCCUGUGCUUUCUUGGCCUUCAUAAACUCUUAUCCAGGAAUAUCUCGCAUCUGUGUUGGUUGGCCAGAAAACUACAUCUGUGACUCUCCCGAUCUUGUGAGGGGGAAGCAAGUAGGAGUUGCCACGCUACCUGUGACUGAGUGUCACUUGACUUUGAUUCUGUCCUUCAGUUGUAUUCUGAUAUUCCUGAGCGUCCUGGUAGGGGCAACUCUCUGCUACAAGUUUCAUGUCCUCUGGUAUAUACAGAUGAUCUGGGCCUGGCUUCAGGCAAAACGCAAGCCCCAAAGAGACCACAGUAAAGAAAUCUGCUAUGAUGCCUUUGUUUCCUACAGUGAAGAGGAUUCUGCGUGGGUAGAAGAUGUGAUGGUGCAGGAGCUAGAACAAGCGAACCCCCCAUUUAAACUCUGCCUUCAUAAGAGAGAUUUUCAGCCUGGCAAAUGGAUUGUGGACAACAUUAUUGACUCCAUAGAGAAAAGUAAUAAAACUCUGUUUGUGCUGUCAAAGAGUUUUGUAAAGAGCGAGUGGUGCAAGUAUGAACUUGAUUUCUCUCACUUCCGGUUUUUUGAUGAGAAUAACGAUGCAGCAAUUUUGAUUCUUCUGGAGCCCAUUCCAGAGAAAACCAUUCCCAAAAGGUUUUGCAAACUGAGGAAACUAAUGAAUACGAAAACCUACCUUGAAUGGCCAAUGGAUGAAGAACAGCAGCUCAUAUUUUGGUUUAAUCUCAAAACUGCAAUAAAAUCCUAGGAGAACAGCUGGAACACUGGAGCAUUUCUGAUGAAGCUUGUUUCAGUGCCUGUGGGUUCCCCUCUCAUGUGGUAAACAGUGUAUGGUAAGAGUAAGCUGGUGUCAGUGAAGGCCUGGACUGAUGCUUAGGGUCUCUCUGCUUGCUGAAACAUGGUCAGAAGAUGUUCUCUCAGCAUGUACUUUGGUUGCUUUCAGUCAAGGUGCAAAGCAUGUCCCUGGCUGAGACAAACAGAAAGAGUAGCUCUGUCAGAUGAGUCUUCCUCUUCCUCCUCCUUCUUUCCAUACUGUUGAACAUAUCAGGACUUCCAUGUGGUCCACCAAAACAAAAACUAUAUCAAACAAAAGCCCAGUAUAAAACAGUAUUGAGCAGUGGCUCCCUUAAAAACAUUCAAGGGUUUUUAUUACAUCAUAAUAAAAACAGAGCAGGAUCAUAGCUAAUUACAAGUCAGGGAAAGCCCCAGUGGUCCAAAACAUUUCCAAGCAGCCUUUGAAGCUUGCCACCAUUUCCAUAUUUAAAACCACAUGUGGGUGCAUAUUGCAGAGGGUGGUCACUGCUACGUUCCCACAGCAUAUGUGCCAUUGUGUGGUGGCACCUGUUACUCAUGGAACCACAAACAAGCCUUUCUUAGAAGUUCUAAGGGGCCAAUUUGGUGCAUAUCUGGAAGGUGGCCAGCUAGAUAGCCUGGGCCAGAGUGCUUUGCUGAACAUGAACAACAAACCCUUGAAAGUGGCUUGGUAACUAACAGGCAGUCAGUUUUAAAACAGGUGUACUAUGUGUCUUGCUAGGAGCAAGAUCAAAUGCAGUCUGUUGAAAUUGGGUGCACUCGUCCCCUGGAGAAAAGUCACCCCGUGCUAUCAGGAUGGGGACUCCCCUGCACCACUCUGCUGUGAUUUGCAGGGCCAGCUCAGGCAGGUGCUGGCUGACACCCUUCCUGCUCUGGCUGCAGCUUGCUCAGGAUGCGUGUAGCGUGGGAGGAGCCACUGGACUCCUGCCCUGAUUGCAGCCCAUUUGGAGCACAACCUGGAUGGGAAGGAGGCACUGGCCUGCCAUUUGCAGGCGCCAAAGCGGGAAGGCUACGUGGGUGCUGCAAAGCCAGUGAUGCCAUGCAAGGGGCAGCAGGUCUCUGUGAUGAUCUUCAGUGCACCAGGCUCAGUUUGGGACACAAUCCAGCUGCUGGACCAAGCAAAUGUACCCCUCAUCGUCUAUGGUUAAACAGUACUUUGCUUUAAUUCACUGUGAUGCCUUUGACAAUGUGUAAGAUGUAAUCACUGAUUGCUCCAUUGAAGCCAUGUAGAGACUUAACAGAAGCAGCUCUCAGUCUCUUCAGUAUUUGAGCAUAUGCAGAGUAUAUAUUGGAAGGCUAGGAAGCCAUUGCAUUGGAGUAAAUUCUGUUUCCAAUCGCUGUAUAAUAGUUACUCGUUGACUAAUGAAGUCAAAUGUUCUUGUGCAUAUGAAUUAUUUACCAGCAACAUUAUGUAUUUCAAGUUUUAAUAAAACAUACUUUUCAAAUA